AUGUUCUGGCAAAAAUGGGUUCCGCAUGAGGAUGCGAUCGGCGUUUCGGGAAUGGCAGUGCGCAAUGAAGCGGAUUCAACCAGAACCGACUCGAAAUCUAAGCCUAAGUCCUCGUCACGAGCACAACACAAACCACAAACACCGUUCAAUCGUUGGAUUGGUGGUUUCAUGACACGUUACAAGCGAUCGGUCGUACGUUCAAAACUCUCGUAUAAACUGAAAACCGCCAACGACGAACUCACUCCGUUUGGUUUCAUUGCAAAAACACUUCGGAGCUUGGUACAAACCGUGAAGGGAAAAUCAACAAGGAAAACAUUUGAAGCAGUGCUGGACGAUGUUCGAAAGGAACACGAUAUAAUGAUGAAGAAAAAAGCUGAAAAAGAACGCCUCAAGAAUCAACUGUUGAAAAUACUUCGUCAGAAGAUUGGUGGGAGGAAGGGCGUCUCAACAAAAUCGUUUUUAACGAAG